AUUUUACCUGCUGAAUUGGAAAACAGUAACAACUUCCAAGGAUUUACCGACUUCUGUCACACACUUCCACUGUCUAGGGGCAAAGAAGAUGAUGAAGAAGAGGAUAACAUUUCUGGAGAGUUUAAAGGCUCAUUUCGAGUGUACCCAUUACCUCCAGACCCAAAUGAGCCAAUGCCGCCUAGAAUAUUUGAGACCCUUCCUCCCAGUGAUCCAGAAGAAUGUCUUGUGAGGAUCUAUAUUAUUCAGGCCACUGACCUACAACCAUCUGAUCCUAAUGGUUUGGCUGAUCCAUAUUUAGAAGUUGAGCUUGGAAAGACAAAAAUGAACACUCGCGAUGAGUAUGUUCCUAACUCAAUCAAUCCUAUGUUUGGAAG